AUGGGGGCAGUAAUGCUGGAGAAUAAGGUUUUCCCAUGGGUUGAGAAGUAUGGGGGCACGUCGGAUCCGGUGAAACAUCUACGAUCGUUCGUAGAUGCUAUGGCAGUCUAUUCAUCCAACGAGCUGUUGUUUAGCCAGCAGUAUGCUUCAAACCGUUCGCGAGGUUUGACUUAUACAGCCCUUGUCAGGAUGAAGCAAGGGCGUGAAGAGUCAUUGAAAGGGUUCAGGGAGCGCUUCAACCGAACCGCUCGGCAGGUGAGGAACGUAGACCAACGGCUGAUAGUAAGCGCGCUUACGACAGCGCUCAAACCUGGACCCUUUGUGGAUUAUUUGUACGAGGAGGAACCCCAGUCUAUGGGUGAACUGCAGCAUAAGUUAGCCGGGUUUAUACGAAUAGAGGAGGGGAGGUCGUACCGUAGUGAUCAGGGGGAAGAGGGGGUAACGAGAGAGAAGUCAGGGCGGGACAGAAGAGGAGAAAAACGGCCGGUCGGAGGGGAACAUAGAAUGACGGUGAAACGAGGGACAGAAAUACAAAAAGCGCAACAAUACUUCCAUCACACUUCAUUAAGUGCCCCGAGGGUGAGAGUCCUGGAGGAAGCCUUAAGGGCUAAUCUGCUGACGGUGGCACGGUCCCCGACCCCACGGGGAGCGGAUGAAAGUAAACAUUGUCGAUAUCAUCAGAACAUGGGGCAUUCUACGGAGGAUUGUGUGGCGUUGAGAGAUAAGUUGGAGAGCCUGGUACAGGCUGGGCACCUGAGGGAGUUUGUUCGAAGGGAGAAUCCUAACCCGAGGGAUACCCCGGGAAGGCACAGAGGUCGACUACCGGUCGGGCAGAGGGCUCAGCCGACUGCCGAACGAACGGAGGGCGAUGGAAGUGGAGAAAGGCCUCUGAGAGGGGUAAUAAAUACCAUAUCGGGCAGUUUUGCCGGAGGAGGGGCAUCCUCAGCCGCCCGAAAGCGGCAUUUGAGAAACUUGCAUAGUGUGAAUAAGGUGGGGAUCGGUAGAAGGACCAUGCCGUCCAUAACGUUUUCAGACGAGGACUUCCAUGCACCAGACCCAGACCAGGAUGACCCCAUGGUCAUAACGGCUAUCAUCGCUCGGUACAGCGUGGGAAAGGUGUUAAUUGAUCAGGGAAGUUCGGCUAACAUCCUAUAUUGGAAAACCUUUCAACAGAUGGACAUACCGGACAAAUCGAUAAUGCCUUUUAACGAGCAAAUCUUGGGAUUCGCAGGAGAACGGGUUGAUACAAGGGGAUAUGUGGACCUAAGGGUGUGCUUAGGGGCAGAGGCGGGGGCGAAGGAGUUAAGGGUGCGUUUCCUGCUGGUAGAGGCGGAAACUUCAUACAACGUGCUGUUGGGACGGCCUUGCCUUAAUGCGUUUGGAGCAAUAGUGUCCACCCCUCACUUGACAAUGAAGUAUCCCGCAGAUGAUGGCAUGAUCCGGACGGUUAAAGCCGACCAGAGGGUAGCAAGGGAGUGUUACGCGGCGGGAUUAAAGGUGCAACCCCCAAGGCAUAGGGUGUGCGAAACCCGUCCGGCAACAUCGGCUGCAGAGUUGGACCCAAGAGAGGAUACCACCGACCGGGUGGAACCGAUGGGGGAAAUCCAGCCAUGUCUCCUAGAAGGCGAAGACCGGGUGACAAUGGUCGGCAAGGACCUUCAGGAGGGCGAAAGGCAAAGGUUGGAGGGUGUGCUGGUGGAGAAUAAGGAUUUGUUCGCCUGGACUGCGUCGGAUAUGCCAGGUAUCCACCCUGGCAUUAUUUCGCAUAAGUUGUCUAUAUUUCGAGAUGCUCGACCGGUAUCUCAGAAGAAGAGGAGGCUAGGUGUGGAGAAGAGAAGGGCGGUAGGCGAAGAGGUGGAGAAGUUGAUCGAGGCUGGGUUCAUAAGAGAAGUCAAGUACACUACUUGGCUGGCCAACGUAGUCAUGGUAAAAAAGUGCAGUGGUAAGUGGAGGAUGUGCAUUGACUUUACGGAUCUAAACAAAGCCUGCCCGAAGGAUAUGUACCCCCUACCGAACAUUGACGCGUUGGUAGAUGGAGUGUCCGGGUAUGAGGUAAUGAGUUUUCUGGACGCCUAUUCAGGGUAUAAUCAGAUACCUAUGUACCGUCCGGACAGCGAUAAAACUGCUUUCAUUACCGAGCAAGGAACCUUUUGCUAUGAGGUCAUGCCGUUCGGUUUGAAGAACGCAGGGGCUACAUACCAAAGACUAAUGGACAAGGUCUUUCAAGGGCAAAUAGGAAGAUGCAUGAAGGUGUAUGUCGAUGAUAUGGUGGUGAGGAGUCGGUCGAUUGAGGAACAUCUGGCGGAUUUAAAGGAGGUUAUGGGGCAACUUCGAAAGUUUGAUAUGCGCCUCAAUCCCGCUAGGUGUACCUUUGGGGUAAGGGCGGGGAAAUUUCUGGGUUUCAUGCUGACCGCACGGGGAAUUGAGGCAAACCCCGACAAGUGUAAGGCGGUGUUGGAAAUGAGAAGCCCCCAGACGGUGAAGGAAGUUCAGAGGCUGGUGGGGCGGCUAACGUCGUUGUCAUGGUUCAUCCCUCAUCUGGCCGGACGGGCGAAACCGAUCGUCAAGGCCAUGAAGAAGACCGCGCGGGAAUGUUGGGAUGAAGAGAGCGAGGAGGCCUUCAAAUGGAUAAAGGAGGUUCUUACCCAGCCCCCCGUGAUGGGUCGGCCCGAACCUGGGCAUGAAUUUCAGAUCUACUUGGCAGUUUCGGAGGGGGCCAUUAGUGCGGCCCUGGUACAGGAGGUUCCUCAGUUCAAACUGGUGUAUUUCGUCAGUAGAAGCUUGAAGGAGGCAGAGUUAAGGUACCAGCAGUUGGAAAAGGUGGCCCUGUCCCUAAUUUAUGCCGCUCGGCGGUUACGGCCAUACUUCCAAGGGUUUCAAGUCGUGGUGCGAACGAACUACCCGAUAGCUAAGAUCUUACGGAAACCAGAUUUGGCGGGCCGAAUGAUAGGGUGGUCGGUAGAACUAUCGGAGUUUGGGUUGAGGUACGAACCGAGGGGGUCGGUACGGGGUCAACACUUGGCAGAUUUUGCGGUUGAUCUACUCCCUGAAGAGGGGGAAUUCUGUUGGAAACUUUCGGUUGAUGGGUCGUCUAGCCGAAGGGGAGGAGGAGCGGGAGUGGUCUUAGAAGGGCCGAACGGGAUAUUGAUUGAGCAAUCGUUGGUGUUCCAGUUCAUGGUUAGCAACAACCAAGCCGAAUAUGAGGCUUUACUGGCCGGGAUGGAGUUGGCAAAGGACCUAGCAGUGGGUCGGUUGGAGUGUCGAACGGAUUCCCAGUUGGUCGAGGGACAGAUGAAUGGGAGCUUCCAGGUGAAGGAUGAUCUCCUGUUGCAAUAUUUUCACAAGGCCAAGCAAUUGGCCUCAAGUUUCAAAAAGUUCACAUUGCGACAUGUUCCUCGAUCGGAGAACAGCCGCGCCGAUACACUGUCGAAGCUGGCCGGCGGAGUCACGAAAGGGGGGUUAUCUUCGGUGAUCAGACAGUUGGUAACCAAGCCGACGGUGGAAUGCUGCGCCAUUACUACCAGGGGAAUACAAAGUACCUGGAAGGACGAGAUAGUACAAUUGAUUCGGAAGCAGGAUGACGGGGGGGCCUUAAGUACCAAGGAGGCCAAGAAGAUCGCUCGGUAUUGCUUGAUAGGUGAUGAGCUGUACCGGAGGGGUUACGUCACUCCAUUAUUGAAGUGUUUGCUGGAGAACGAAGCGGAGUACGUUAUGAGGGAGUUGCAUGAAGGGAUGUGCGAGAGACAUACAGGUGGGCGAACUCUACGAGCUAGAGUGCUAAGGGCAGGGUUUUUCUGGCCGAUGUUAGAGAAGGAUUGCAUGGCGUUCGUCCGGAAAUGUGAAGCCUGCCAAAAGCAUGGGAAUAUUUUCCACGGUCCAGCGGUGGAGUUGCAAGGAAUAAUGUCCCCUUGGCCAUUCGCCCAGUGGGGAAUGGACAUUGUUGGACCACUGUCAACCGGGCGGUCUCAGAUGAGGUUUUUGCUGGUGGCAGUGGACUACUUCACAAAAUGGGUAAAGGCUGAACCUUUGUCAAAAAUCUCUGCCGCCCAAGUUCAGAAAUUUGUAUGGAAGAUCAUUUGCCGGUUCGGGUUGCCCAAAAUGCUCAUUACGGACAACGGUCGGCAGUUUAUAGAUAAGAAGUUGGAAGCCUUUUAUCGGGAGUGGGGCAUAGCUCAUGUCACCAGUUCGGUUGAGCAUCCCCAGACGAACGGGCAGGCGGAGGCAAUGAAUAAAAUAAUCAUACAAGAGUUGAAGAGGAGAUUAGGCGAGGCAAAGGGUGCUUGGGUUGAUGAAUUACCAUCGGUCCUGUGGGAGUAUCGAUGUUCUCCCUACGGGGCAACAGGAGAGUCCCCAUUUAACCUGACCUAUGGGACGGACGCGAUGAUGCCGGUCGAGGUGGGCGAGGAGACACUGAGAAGACAGGUGAAUGACUCAGUGGCGAAUGAAGAAGGUCUGAGGGGAAACCUGGACGUGUUGCAAGAGAGAAGGGAAACUGCAGCGGUCCGGACAGAGGCACUAAAGAGGUUGGUCGCGCGAAGGUACAACACUAAGGUGCGACCAAGGCAAUUGAUCGAGGGCGAUCUCAUUUGGAGGAAAGUCGGGGAAGCUCGGAGGGAGAAGAUUCACAGAAAACUGGCAGCCAGCUGGGAGGGGCCAUUCAGAAUAAGUGAAGGUUUGAAUAAUGGGGCUUACCGACUGGAGCAUCUAGACGGGAAGCCAAUUCCGAAUACAUGGAAUAUAUCUCAUUUAAAAUUGUACUUUAGUUAA